AGUGCCCCGUUUGCGAAGGAGAAAGAAGCGAAACACUUCAUGCGGCUGAGACGCCAAGUUGGAGGCUACUGGGACCCGCACCACACACACAACCAAUGGGGAUUCACCGUGAAGGAACAGGCUAAUGAGUACUACACUGCGUUGAGGACGGAUGCCCAGUACUACAUGGACAUGGCCAAUCUGAUGUUCGACCGCACCACCGCCGAUGAGAACAGUAGGAUGUACAUGGAGAUGUUGCGCAAUGCUCGAGCUCACCUGGAUUCCUUCACUGGUGGACAGUGAUCUCCGGUCUCUGAUUGGACCGGCCCUCCUCUCAGCUCGCCUCUGAUUGGCCAAAGGCUUGUCUGUCUGGAUCAAUCCCAGCCAGAGCCAUCUAAGAGAGUUAUCACAACCGGGUACCUGGAAGUCAGUUGGUGAUGUGAUUCACGCAGAUUAAAAUAUUUCUAGACAGCAGAUUUCUGCUUGCUAGAGACUAACACAGAACCAUUACAUAAGAAAUCAAGAUCAAGUAGAAACGAGUUGCA